AUGCCGACUAAACCAUGGACCUCUGGUCGUGUGUUGACCCCGGCGCAACGAGAGCGCAAGCGUUACAAGGACAGGAUAUCCAAACGAGAAAAACAGGAAAAAGAAAAAAACAGCCUGAAGAAUCUCCAAAGCCAAGUCGCUGCAUUACAUCUUUUAUUGCAAUCUCAGACUCGACUCGAUCCAGGGUUACCACCUAUGGUCAUAUCUCAAGAAGACUCCAUCGGGAGUUGCCCAUUGCCCCCGUCCGAUCUCCAUUUGUCCUUACACGAUGAGCCGCCUACAAUGUUGGCCUCACAACUAUCAGCUGCUUCUUCCGACUCAGAAACAGUAGCUCCUUUCAGACAAGCCCUUGGGAAUUGGGGGAACGGACACUCGACCGCCUGGCCAGCCAUUUCUCCAUCGCUUCAGGAUAGUGGCAGUUGUACGAUACUUGAAUUCACCGAUGAACUUCUCACGCAAUGGUCGGGGUUGAGUAUCCUAGACAUUUGCUCCGAUGACAAGCUAAACCAAGACGCCAUGAUCCGCGGGGUCCUUGAAGGCUGGCACUUUAUAGAGGACCAGGCGUAUUCGUGCCCCCUGUGGAAAAUCAUUAGCCAAAUUGAUGAGCGGAUUUUCAUACAAAGUGGGGUCCUAACACGGCUGACAAUGCUCAGCACCAUCCUCAAGAUGCUCGUGGCAAAGAGUUAUCAAAAUAAUUUUAGAGGGGUUCCCCCGUGGUAUCGACCGAGGCCUUCACAGCUUUACUUGCCGCACAAUCUCACUGCGGACUAUUUCGCUUGGCCUGGCUUCCGUGAACGCCUAGUGUUCUCAAAUUGCGACAUACUUACGGACAGAUUCUUCAAGUACUUUGCCUCUUGCUUCCGAUUGUCGUGGCCCCAUUCUAUCAGUAAUGCCUAUGAGAUUAACCCUGAGGACGGACUAUAUUCAUUUUCGGAGGCCUUCAGUCUGCAUUUGGUGGACCUUUCGAAAUGGAAGAUGUGCAAGGCCUUCUUCUCUAUAUUUCCCACCUUAGAAGAAGACAUGUCAUCCGAGAAUCUGACAUCACCUUCUUUUUUCACUCUCCCUCCUGAAAGCUCACUACCCGUAUUGCCCAUUUAG